AUGGCCAGCAAGGGAAAGGGGCAGAAAGGGAUUGAUGAAUUCUAUUACGAGGAUGAAGAGAAGAAGGAGCCCUGUGAUUAUUUUGAAUGGCACGACAUUAGAGCUGCAUUAUACAAGGAGAGGAAAAGACUUAGUGAACUGGUUUCGAAUUUGCAGCUGGAGAAUGCAGAUCUUCGUGCUGCAUUAGACAGAGUGUCCAAGCAUAGUGUUGAUGUUGGAAUUGAAAGCAAGAAUGUGAUAUCAUCCUACGAAGAGAUAGUUGUUGCCAUUAAGUCGAUUAAGCUCAGGUUGGACCAGUUGGAGGCUGGGAGUUCAAAGCUCAAAUGA